GGCUCCAGCAUUCACGGAGUCAACGGCCCGGGAGUCCAACCGGACCGCCAACCGCCGACGCGGACGCGGACGCGAACGUGACCGACGCAAGCGAUGCGGUCGAGCCGUGUUCUUGCAAGCGUGGUGGCUUUGGCCGUUGCUGCAGUUCUGCUGCUAGCGCCCUCCAUGGCCUUCAGCGCCAGCCCACCACCAGCUUUAGCACCGGCAUCGGCCACCGCCCAGCGGGGCUCGCGGAGCUUCCAGGAGCCGCAGGUGGAAGUGCUCCCAUCGACCUUCUCGUGUGGUUUAAUGGCCUUUUGUGUGAUCUCAGCCUGGUCAAAUGCUCGGGGCAAGAAUCAGAAGGUUGCACGAGCAGCUUCUUUGUUGGACGAUAUGGAAAGCAUGAAGCAGGAGGAAGAAGAAGAAGAACAGCUGAGGAAAGGUGGCGAGGCACGCUCCACUGGUAAGGGCAACAGGGAGGAGAUCAAGGAUUAUAUGGAUCAUAGCUUUGAAGAGGCCGAUUUGGAAGAACUGGCCAAAGAGGUUGAGAAGGAGGAGAUGAAGGAUACCUCUGCUCGUCAAGUCAAAUAUGACCUCUUCCCCUCCAAGCAGUACGUGUUUUACUUGGCCAAGAAGAAUGCCAUUAAGACCUGGCGCAGUGGACCAGAAGGACGGAACGGUGGCUCGUUAGAGGUUCAGAUUGCGGUCGCCACAGAGAAGAUUCGGAACAUGAUUCUGCACAUGCGUCAGUUCAAGCGUGACUACAAAUGCCGCCUGAAGCUGGUGAGCUUGGUGUGUGCGCGCCGGCGCAUGUUGGACAAGUUGUCGGUGUCCAACUUGGAGUCCUACAUGAAGAUCCGUGAGGAGCUGAAGAUCCGCCACGUGUACCGCAUCGAAGCCCUCCGGAUGCGCUUGAACUCCUACAUCUACGCCGUGCGAGACCGCCCCCCCCGGCCGGGCCGUAAGACCUUGAACCGCCUCAAGAAGGCCAAGCAGCGCAUGAGCCGACGCCUGGCCACCCAACUGCGCCAGGGUCGUGAACCGAAGGUGAUCCAUCGCACUCAGAAGAAAUUGAACUUCCGCCGCUGGCUGGCCCGCCCCUAUGACGAGGUGAAAGCCUGGGAGAAGAACAACGAAGUGGGCACCUACGUGGACCCUCUCAACUUGCCCUAAAGUGAGCGACUCGAGGUGACGAGCCUCGUCACCCCACCGGUUCGUGCCUGGAAAGGCCUCAAAAACUCAGUGCCGACGGAAUAGGGUGCCCCAGCGGGAGGAAAAGAACACGAGGGUGCUUAUAGAAGGCAUC